UUUUUCUUCAGUUCAGAUAUUUGCGUCUCAGAGUUUUGACGUUCGUUGGUGAAAAGAAGAGAAAUGAAGAAAGAAUUAAUUUUUUUAAUAUGUUCGGUUUCAGUUUUUGUUAAUUGUUCACCAGCAAAGCCACUUCAAAGCAUAAAAGAUAAGGAUUGCGCAAUAUUUGGUGGAAAGCAUUGCACAACUCCACCCGAUGUUGGUAUGAAGGUCGAAAACCUGUUGACUCAAUCCAAUAAGGAAAAGGACUUAUUGAUGCCGUAUGCUACACGCGAUCUCAUGAAAACGAAUAUAAGAUUAAAGAGACAUGUUCCAUAUUUCGAAAACAAAGCGAAGUUCACAAUAAUGUCUGAAAAUGAAAACUACGAUAAAAAUUAUGGAAAUGAUAAUCCAAUUGGAAAAUUUUAUGAUGGAUUAAAUCAAGGAUUAAACAACCAAGACAACUUAUCAUGGAAUGUUGAAAAUGAAAAUGAUGACUCUGACGAUGGUUUUUGGUAUAACGAUAUAAAAGCACCACAAUAUGAAAUGACUCGAAAGCUCAGUGAAACAAACGCAUUGAAUGAUUUCAUGCAGAAAUUGAAUCGAAGAACUUACGAAGAUAAGAAACCCUUCGACUACAAGAAAUUUUUCUUUUAUUAGUUACACUUAAAAAGCAUGUGUCAUUUCAUUCAUUAUAAUUCAUGUUAAUCAAAUGUAUCAAUCAAAUUUAUUCCAGUUCAAUCAGGGUGUAGCAAAAUUUUUAUUAAAAAUAAAGGAAUGUAUUCAUGUAGCUGUCUACAUAUUUAACGCCAAACGUACGAAGAAGGUUGGAAUCGUAGGUAAAUAUGGUACCCGUUAUGGUGCCUCACUCCGUAAAAUGGUGAAGAAGAUUGAAAUCUCCCAGCACGGAAAAUAUACCUGCACAUUUUGUGGUAAAGAUGCCAUGAAAAGAUCGUGUGUCGGAAUCUGGUCAUGCAAGAGAUGUAAGCGUGUUGUUGCUGGUGGUGCCUGGGUUUAUUCAACAACAGCUGCUGCUUCAGUGAGAUCUGCUGUUCGUCGUCUUCGCGAAAUGGCUUAAACAUCCUUAUUAUUACAAUCCUAUCAAAACAAGAAUAAAUGAAAGGAAUUAAAAACAAAAAUAAACAUUUCGCUAAGUGCAUCAAUCUGGAAGUUGAAAAUGUUUUGUUUAACUAUUUAAUAUUUCAGAUAAUUAAAAAGUCAAAAGAAUUCGUA